UCAGUGGUUGCAGGGUUGAGACUCGCCAGACUAGAUGUUCCCGCCGCCGUCAUACGAGGUGAACCAGCUUGGCUCAACUGCACUUACGAUUUAGAGAAAGACGAACUGUACUCAGUCAAAUGGUACAAGAACAACGUGGAAUUCUAUAGGUUCCUGCCGAGUGAUAGGCCACCGGGACAAAAAUAUGAUUUACAAGGAGUUUAUGUAGACCUGGUUCAGUCAGCACUGGGUCAUGUGUUCUUAACGAGAACGGAUAUGAACACCGAGGGCGUGUACAGGUGUGAAAUCUCAGCUGAAGCUCCAUCUUUCCAGACUGUCAGAGAGGAAAAGGAGGUCAGAGUCUAUGUCAUACCACGGCAAUCACCCAUCAUCACAGCACCCUUGGAAUUCGAAAUACGCUACAAUCCUAUUCGUCACCAAGAUAAAUUGCUGGUUUCGACUGUGGGCUUGCGCUUCACGGCAGAGCCUCGGCAUUUUUGGCACGGAGCGAUGAAACUUCGAUGUUCGGCUGUCAUUUCUCAAGCUUAUUCCAUGAGCAGCGAAGAGAUUAUUGUCGGAGAUAAUGCCAAAGCUUCAGCUGUUGUGGGAGACGGCCCUGUCAUUACGGGUGGAAAACCAAAAUAUCAAAAAGGUGAUACUGUGGAUGUUAACUGUACCUCUGCCAAAUCUAACCCUGCUGCAGAACUUAAAUGGUUCAUCAACGAUAAGUCGGUUCGUCCGGAGUUCCUGAUCCGGUAUCCGGCCGUGCGCUUCCCGGACGGCCAGGUGACGUCCGUGCUGGGCCUGAGGUUCUCGGUGCGCGCGCAUCAUUUCCAGCGCGACGAGAUGCGGCUCAAGUGCACGGCCACCCUCUCCAAAGUAAUCAACAUGAGCAGCGAAGAGACGCUCCUCGGCAGCAGCCAGCAGAGCUCUGGACUGCACAUCUCGGAGAACACGGGAGCAGUUAUCAACCGAGGAAGUACAAUCGGAUGUCUGCUACAGACACUGUUCGUCACAUCGUUCCUGGCGUCUCUCUUAUAGCAACCUCCGAAGAACUGCUGUGCCUGUUCUAAAGACUUUUUGAAUCUUUGGGGUGUCUUUUGACCCCACGCUACGAAACGAAUGAUCCCAAAUCAGGAGCUGUAGCAUCCAUCCCUCUUGGAUCGUGAUCCAUACUUCGCAUGGUUGUGCACUAACGUACAAAGGCGAACUUCAGGAAGAAGUACUGCCGUACAUAAAUUAUAUUAUUCAUUGCUUACGAGAUGGCAUUUCAGUCGCCGUUUGCUGGAUUGCCCCAAAUCAUCGAGACUCAAUCAUCGACGACCGGCACCUGUGUGUUAAUUCAUGGAACCGUUUGGCUAAACAUCCUCAUUUGAGCAGAAGUGGCCGUUCGUUAAGGCGUGAACUUUAUUAUGAUUCUUCCGAUAGUUGCUUUACUACCAAUUUUAAAACAGGGUGCAAGAGAAAGCACAGUUCCAAAGACUAUUGCUGUUGAGCAAUUUGAACAGAGCGUUAUUUUUUAAACGUUUCUUUUCCGGAGAGGAAUGUGUUAUUUCCUAUAACAAUUGAAGCAGCUAGAAGUAAUGGGAUGCAAGUGCCAAACUUAAAAAUUUGGAGAUAGGUAAUGGUCAUUUGUCUUGAGGUAAGAGAUGGUAAAUAGUUAACUCCCGAUUAUCCUUGGAAUAGAGUGGCAUGGUAACUACGGAUGAGAGAAAACCACGGAUAACCCGAAGAAACCUAAUUUUUUAUUGGACAAUUGGUCUAAUCCGCUUAGUGACUGCAGGUGCGCAUUAGGCUCCAACUAUUCUGGUUUCGAUUACUUUGAAAUUUUGAUAUCGUGGGAAGAAAGGAGAAGAAAGAAAUAAGAAUGCAUAAAAAUAGAUUUUGCACUCGCUAAAUUAAAAUGGGUGCAUUUUUCUACAUUUAGUAAAUCAUCACUGUUUGAAAAAAAUUGUGAAAAGAUCCGCUGAUAAUCGAGAGUUUAC